GCUGCGAGCGACUUCGGUGGCGCCCUCGGUCCUGCAGGUAGACCCUCGAGAUUCACCAAGACCAGCUGAGCCGCGGUUGGUUCGACUGACAGACAGACAGUCCGGGACAGUCGCUCGAACGAGAUGCUUCGCCUUCGGACGUUGGGUGCCCCGAUGCGCCGGCUGGCCGCCUCGGCCGAGUCGCACAAACACAUGUCCACCUCGGCGCCCGCCGAGCACCAGAUCCCGGACAGGCUGAAGGACAUCCCGGACGCGCUCAACCCCAAGUUCUUCUCGAUGGUCGAGUACAACUUCCACCGCGCGUGCCAGGUGGCCGAGCCGCAUCUGCUCGAGACCAUGAUGAAGCACCGCAUGUCCGACCGGGACAGGCAGGAAAAGGUCAAGGCCAUCCUCAACCUGAUGGAGCCGUGCGACCACGUGAUCGAGAUCACCUUCCCCAUCCGCAGGGACACCGGCGAGUACGAGAUGAUCCAGGCCUACCGCGCCCAGCACUCCACCCACCGCACGCCUUGCAAGGGAGGUAUUCGUUACUCCCUUGAUGUGAGUCGCGAUGAGGUCAAGGCUCUGUCCGCCUUGAUGACCUUCAAGUGUGCCUGCGUGGACGUGCCCUUCGGCGGUGCCAAGGCCGGCGUCAAAAUCAACCCCAAGCUCUACUCCGAACACGAACUCGAAAAGAUCACCAGAAGAUUCACCCUUGAGUUGGCCAAGAAGGGAUUUAUUGGACCUGGCAUUGACGUUCCUGCGCCUGACAUGGGCACUGGCGAGCGCGAAAUGUCGUGGAUCGCCGACACAUACGCCAAGACCAUUGGCCACCAGGACAUCAACGCCCACGCCUGCGUCACCGGCAAGCCCAUCAACCAGGGUGGCAUUCACGGCCGCAUCUCCGCCACUGGUCGAGGUGUCUUCCACGGACUCGAGAACUUCAUCAUGGAGGCCGGUUACAUGAGCCAGAUCGGUACCACCCCCGGCUGGGGCGGAAAGACUUUCAUCGUCCAGGGUUUUGGUAAUGUGGGUCUGCACACGAUGAGGUACUUCCACAGGGCAGGAGCCACCUGCAUUGGAGUCAAGGAGUACGACGGCUCCAUCUUCAACCCCAACGGCAUUGACCCCAAGGAACUGGAAAACUACAGAAACGAGCACGGCACCAUUGUUGGCUUCCCCGGAGCCAAACCCUAUGAAGGCGAGGACCUCAUCUUCGAGCCAUGUGACAUUUUCGUGCCUGCCGCCAUUGAGAAAGUCAUCACAAAAGAGAAUGCGUCCAAAAUCAACGCCAAGAUCAUCUGCGAGGCAGCCAAUGGGCCGACCACCCCUGCCGCUGACAAAAUCCUCAUCGACCGCAACAUCCUGAUCAUUCCCGACUUGUACAUCAACGCCGGUGGUGUAACCGUGUCCUUCUUUGAGUGGCUCAAGAACCUGAACCACGUCUCAUAUGGCCGUCUUACGUUCAAGUAUGAGCGCGAGUCCAACUACCACCUGCUCGAGUCAGUGCAGGAGUCCCUGGAGAGGCGUUUCGGCAGGGUGGGCGGCCGCAUCCCAGUCACCCCCAGCGACUCCUUCCAGAAGCGCAUUUCGGGCGCCUCCGAGAAGGACAUCGUCCACUCAGGUCUCGACUACACGAUGGAGCGAUCGGCCAGGGCUAUCAUGAAGACGGCCCUCAAGUAUAACCUGGGACUGAACCUGCGCACGGCCGCCUACGUCAACUCGAUCGAGAAGAUCUUCACCACUUACAAGGAGGCCGGCCUCACUUUCUAAUUCUAUUUUGUGCGCUUUGAUUUCUGUCCAGGUGGGCAGCGUCCCUCCAUAAAAUGUUAUCACUUGUUAUCAAAAUAAGAAUUUAAAUGUUUUGCAUUCUCAUAGGGAAAUGCGUUUUCCCACCUGCUUUGAAAUCAAAACACGCGAAAGUUAUUCCUAAUUGUUGACCGUUGUUGCAAGAAAGAGAUUGAAUACACGAGAUGCGCCAGUGAGUGAUCAGAGAGAAAAAUAAAAGACACAAAAGUCUCGGAUAUAAGUGAGCCUGCCUUCUUUAUUAAACGCUUCACCUUUUGCACACGAUCAAUGUCUGCACAUCCGCGCCAAGUAGUGAAUUGAAGAGAGAGACCUCUGGAAGGCCGCAAAAAAUAUCAGCAAAGGGCCAGUAAAACACAUGUCAGACAAUGGUAACAAUCUAUGGCUAUGCUCUUACAAUAAAAGUGUCUUACAUACUACAGUUA